AUGCGCUUCAUGACCGUUCUCCUUUCGGCUGCUGCCGCCGCCACCGCUGCUUCUAUCCCACGACAGUACGACUCUGAACUGAUUGACUUUACAACCUGGGGCCUGAUGGGAUGCGACGACGACUACAACGGCUAUUUUACCUACAACCAGUCAGCAGCGAAUACCUGUAUCGAGAAAGACGACAUCCUUGAAGUCCAGUCGCUGUUCGUGCAAGAAGUAUCCACCAGCUCAUGCUCUUUCUACGUCUACCAAGACACCAUAUGUGCCGUGGAGGCGAUCCCGGUUCCCUUGAACGAAUGCUUUAACAUUAUCGGCUUCGGGGCGUUCAAAAUAGUGUGCCCUUGA